UAGAAAGAGUUGCUGUUAAUGCUGCUAUGAUUCAUAGAGGGAAGCCCAUCGUAGUAGAUCUAAGGAAUUAGUGCCGCAAACGGCAUUGCUUUGUGGUCACGCAAAUUUUUGAGCUCCGACCAUCUACAAUCCUCGCGACGCGCCCUACUUUGUUUAGAAACUACCACCAUGCUUGUUGAACUCAACAAAUCGCAGUUUCAUUCCCGUGUAGAUCGGAUAUACUCUGGCUGGGGGAGCGCGAAUCAAAAUGAAGACUAUACCUCGGUAGCGGAUGCAGAUGCUCUUCUUCUACUGGCAGGGGAUCCAGCCGGUGAGGAUGAGCCUAUGAAAAAGGGUACUUGUUUUCAGCAAUGGCUUCUCGGCUACGAAUUUCCGUCAACGUUUCUCUUAUUCACGAAGAAAAAAUUAUGCAUAUUAUGCUCCGCCUCGAAGGCGAAAAUUCUUUCACAAAUCGAAGGUUCAAGUGGCAGCAUACAAGUCGAAAUCUUCCAUCAAGCUAAAGCCAAAGACCCACCGAACGAUGCUUUGCCUAAAUUUUUUGAGAUCUAUACUUCAAAGAAACGUGUUGGGAUAUUGUCGAAGGAAACCCACGUGGGCAAAUUAGUGUCAGAAUGGAACAAACUCGUCUCAGAGGCGUCGAGUAAACCUGAACUGGUGGACAUGUCUGUGGCAGUAUCUGCAUUCAUGGCACAAAAGGAUCAGGAGGAACUGAAAACCAUCCAAAUAGCGUCAAGCCUUACAUCUACCUUGCUCAAACACCAUGUUGGGCCACGACUAGAGACUAUCUUAGACAAGGAAAGCAAGAUUUCACACGAAAUGCUCGCUGCUCAGAUUGAGGGUCGAUUAGGGUCAGGUGAAGGUAGCAAUGCGAAGGGUCCUGACAUGAAAGUUUGGAAUAAAGGCAAGGGUCUGGAAAAGAUUGACUGGCAACUGGUUGAAUUUGCGUAUUCGCCCAUCAUCAUUUCGAGGUCAACCAAAACCGGCUAUGAUCUACGCUACACAGCUGAGUCUACGGAAGACAACAUCGCUCACAAGGGUGUCCUGCUAGUCGCCUUUGGUAUGCGUUACAAAAGUUAUUGCGCCAAUGUCGGUAGAACAUAUAUCGUUGAUCCAACACCAGAACAAGAGGCGCAGUACAGCCUGCUACUGUCUUUACAAGCAGAACUUCUCAAAUUAAUUACUGAUGGGGUCGCUGCCCGUGACGUCUACCAAUAUGCGUUAUCCUUUGUUAAGGAAAAGAAUCCCGAAUAUGAGAAGAACUUCGUAAAGAAUUUAGGUUUCGGGACUGGAGUGGAAUUCCGUGAUUCAACGUAUCUCCUAUCUCCUAAGAAUGGUCACAUUCUACGGGAAAAUAUGACGCUGAACGUUGGGCUCGGCUUUUCCGAUCUGUUAGAUAAAGAUGGUUCCAAGUAUGCUCUGCAUAUCGUAGACACUAUCAAGGUCGGCAAAAACGAGUCAUCUUUACUCACGGAAGGAAUGAAAUCAACUAAAGACUUCCUCUUUUUCCUGACUCCGGAAUCUGAAGACGAGAAGCCGAAAAAGCCAGAACGUAAAGCUCCUGUCCAACCCCGAGCGAAUGGCACUCCUGCAAAAUACGCCGUUGCUGGAAAGAUGCUUAGAAACAAUCGUCGGGCGGCGCAAGAUGAGGUCCACCAAACCGCAGCGGCUAGACUAGCUGAGCAUCAACGCGAGUUGCAUGAAAAGUUACAAGCUGAGGGACUCGCGAAAUACUCCGAGGGAGGUGGAGAAAAAGGCGGCAAGGAAGGUAAAGGAUGGAAAAAGUUUCAAAGCUAUAGAGGCGAAGGGGCAUUACCACCUGAAGUUGAUAGAUUGAGGAUACUCGUCGACCGCAAAGCGCUCUCUGUCAUUCUACCCAUCCACGGAUUCGCAGUCCCAUUCCAUAUCAACACCAUCAAAAACGCUGUCAAGAGCGAUGAAGGCGAGUUUACCUAUCUUCGAAUCAAUUUCCAAACCCCGGGACAGGUAGCCGGCAAGAAGGAAGAUACUCCUUUCGAAGACCCUGAUGCUACUUUUGUCCGUUCGAUAUCAUAUCGGACGACUGACGGCCACCGAUUUGAUUCCAUCAACAAGCAAAUCAACGAGCUGAAGAGAGACGUCAACAAGCGAGAGGCGCAAAAGAAGGAAAUGGCCGAUGUUGUUGAGCAAGAUUCGCUUAUCGAGCUGAAAGGCAGACGGCCAGUGAAGAUGCCAGAGGCAUUUAUCCGACCCGCUCCGGAUGGUAAGAGGCUUCCAGGUGAGGUUGAAAUUCACCAGAACGGUGUAAGAUACCAAUCUCCAAUGGGGCAGAAAGUCGGUGAGUAUCCUAUUUGCUUCUACAAUCCAAUGAGACUCAAUUUACUUGUUGUAGAUGUACUGUUCAGCAACAUAAAGCAUCUCUUCUUCCAGCCUUGUGAUCACGAGUUACUUGUCAUCGUCCAUAUGCACUUAAGGUCACCAAUCAUAGUCGGCAAGAAGAAGACAUUUGAUGUCCAAUUUUUCCGAGAAGCCACCGACGUGCAAUUUGAUGAGACUGGGAACCGAAAACGCAAGCACAGAUAUGGCGACGAAGAUGAAAUCGAGAUGGAACAGACAGAGCGGAAAAGAAGGCAAAUCCUGAACAAGGAAAUUAAAGCUUUCGCAGAAAAAAUUGCGGAGGCUGCCUCUGCCUCCAUCGGCGAGCCACUGGAACUUGACAUACCAUUUCGUGAACUGUCAUUCGAGGGUGUCCCCUUCCGUACUUCCGUUCGCUUGCAACCGACAACCGACUGUUUGAUACAUCUGACGGAUCCGCCAUUUUUGGUCGUGACGCUAUCGGAGAUUGAGAUUGCCUCACUGGAACGUGUGCAAUACAGUCUCAAGCAGUUUGAUUUAUGCUUAAUUUUCAAGGAUUUUACCAAACCCCCUCUACAUAUCAACUCUAUACAGAGCUCAUCAAUGGAUGAUGUGAAGAAUUGGCUGGACUCGGUAGAUAUUGCGAUGGCUGAGGGUCCAGUCAAUUUGAACUGGGGACCCAUUAUGAAGCAUAUCAAUGAAUCACCUUACGAAUUUUUCCAAGGUGGUGGGUGGUCGUUCUUAAGCGGGACGACAGGAGGAGCAGAAAGUGAUCUAUCCGACGCGCAAGAUUCAGAAUCUGAGUUUGAGGCAGAAUCUGACAGCUUCGAAGAAUCUGCGUCCAGCGACGAUGGAAGCCACUUUUCCGACGCCAGUGGCAGCGAAAGUGGAUCUGACUUUGGAGAAGGGUCUGAUAGCGACGCGGGUGAUGAUUGGGAUGAGCUGGAGCGGAAAGCAGCCAAAUCCGACCAGAAGCGUGCAGAUAUCAAGAAAAGUAGGGGGUCAGAUGAUGAUUCUGACGACGAUCGGACAAAGAAGAAGAAAGCUGCGCCUAAAGCCAACGGGAAGAAACCUGUCAAGAGCAAGCGGUAGCAGAGGGGUCUUUGCACAUCGUGUCAUAAUGUCUUUUAUCUGACCUCCGCAUUAUAUCUUGUUUUCUGUAUAUGUAGUAAAGCAUGUCGUUAUUAAUAUGUACCGUACCUCGUCGUUCCG